AUGGAGGAGCCCGCCAGGAGCCCGGAUGGCAGCGAGCAGUGUCCCCAGGGCAGGGAGCUGAUGGCCAGCAGCACGGGCAGCACGCUGUGCAUGAGCUCCUCCCGCAGCGAGUCCGUGUGGACCAGCAGCACCCCCAGGAGCAGGUGGGACAUUUACCGCAAGCCCCUGGUGGUGGUGGCCGUGGGAGUGGCCAUCUUCCUCUUCGGGGUGGUCAUCACCAGCCUGGCCUGCUUCCUCGAGGAGCACAAGAAGGUCUACAAGAUGUCCGGCCCAGCCUUCCUGUCCCUGGGACUGAUGCUCCUGGUGUGCGGCCUGGUGUGGAUCCCCAUCAUCCGCAAGAAGCAGAAGCAGAGGCAGAAGUCCCAGUUCCUGCAGAGCCUCAAGUCCUUCUUCUUCAACCGCUGA